AUGAUCGGUAUGUUGUCCGUUCGCUCUAACUCAAGUAGUGAACAGUUGACUUCAGGAUCUUUAAAAGUGUCGCCAAAAAUUACAAAAGUAGGAAAGUUUUAUCACAGCGCAGACUUCAGAAACAAAGAAUGUACCAUUUCCGAAGGACCACAAAGUUGUACCGAAAUUGUGAAAACAACUACUCCGCUAUUCACUCAUUUCGGGAUACUAGCAGAAAUGUCAGACGAUCAAAUGGAACCUUUAUCAGUAAAGGAAUUUAAUGGAAUUGCAGAAAAUCAAAGAUAUGAACAUUUUGCAAAGAGAUGUUGUAAAUUUAUUAUGGAACAAGUAACAACCGAGGAAAUGCCAAGUUAUGAAAGGCCUCAUUGUAGUGUUGUUCAAUUUAUUCCAUCAGAUCAAAAAACCAUGUUUGCUGUGACCGAUAUAGUUUAUGAUUCAAUUAAAGCAACACAACUAUCUGAUGAAACUUUACUUGGAACAUUGAAACAAAACAACAAAUUUCAUAUUAAUGGAAAAAACUUCAGUAAAGCUUAUAUUAAAAUCAUUUCUAAUACAGUGAGAAGAACAUGUGAGGAUUGUCAAUCGAUUUGCCCAUCGUAUUCAUAUUGCGUAAAUACGAUGAAUGGAAUCAGUUGUGCAUGCAGAUUUGGAUGGAAAAAAGUAGGAGGAUACAGUCGUUCAGAGUAUUGUACAUUACAUCCGAUUUCAAUAAUUCUUCUGGUUAUUUGCUUACUACUACUGUUAAUACUACUUAUUUUGGCUGUGUAUUUCUCAAAAAGGAUCACUAUAACAAGAUAUCUAAAACGAGUUCAAAGUAAAACAUAAUACACUGGGAGAAAACUCUGGUACUCGGUUCUGUUUACAGUUCUCCAUAACAGUACACAAUUUUUAUUUUUAAGUAGAUAGAUAUACAUGAUAUUGGUGAACCAUGUUUCAUUCCACCUUAAUUUUAACUGCUACUCCCAAAACAAUCUUAUUGUCAGUAUCUCAAUUAAAUACUAUUUUUGUUAAAAGUAAAGCUAAGCAAUAAGGAUUUUU